AUGUCCCGACUACUCAUGAGUACUGACAUGAAUAUUCAUCAGUGUGUAACGAGUACUCAUUACUAUCGUUCUUUAAAUACUUAUAUAAAAGAAAUGCAAAUUGAUACACCUACAUUUGAAUUAACAUGGCGUAUAAUAAAUGAUAGUUUAAAAACCGAUGUAUCCUUAUUAUAUCCACCAUAUAAAAUAGCUUUAGCUUGUCUUCUAUUAUCAUGUUUACAUCGUGAUAAAGCAUGA